UACGCAGCACUGAUUAUUUGUAUAAUAUUCAUAUUAAUUUUUAAUGUUUUUACAAAAUUGAGUGUGAUUUUCCGCCGAAAUUGUCACAAAUGUGUAAAUGUGGGUUAUAAUAUUGUUUGUGGAAAGUUUUUGAUGGGAAUAAGACCAUCUGAUAGUGUAUUUUACCCACUUGAAUCGGUGUACCCCACGGGGCUUCGUCGUGUAAGAAUAAUUGAUUUUUUGCGUGUGCUUCAAACAAGCUAUAUACCUAAUAGGUAAUAUGAAUCUGUGAAGGAUCUCAGUUAUGACGAGUUACGAAUCGCUGGUUGGAACUAGCACCACUUCCGGUGGCCCAUGCCAUUGGUUGAAACACAUGAAGCUUUAUCGUAUUGGAAUCAUCAUUGCAGCGUUUCUCCUAUCGGCGACGUUUGUGUUCUACUAUCUGUUGUUGAAUGAUGAAUCUAACGUUCCGAGUAAUGACAUUCAUCGAUCACGAUCGCAACUGGAGGCAUUCGAAGAGGUUAGUCCGCUCAAGGCUGCUGAUCUGAAGCUAAGAAUAGACGAGAUGCUGCGGAUAAAAGGAACAGUAUCUUUGGAGCUACGGGAUCUAGAAGCUCGACGACAAAAACUUCAGUCCGAUAUUGGACUCUAUAAUCAGAAAAUCGAUGAAUUGAAGCAAGAGCUAGCCCGGCAGCAAACCGAGCUCGAAAGGUUAAAGAUCUCGGUAGAACAGGCUCAAGUCGCACAGCGUGAAGCAGUACUUCGCAACACGCCUGAGUUAGCCUUGCCGAAGGCCUUGUUCUCACUUUCUGUGCCAGAACUUAAUCGACCCAUUCCGCAAGUGCUGGUGCGAGAAUGCAAGAUGAGUACGUGCUUUGACCAUUCACGGUGCAGUCUGACCUCCGGGUUUCCUGUCUAUUUAUACGACCCGGACGUGAAUACUGUCGUUAGUCCAGGGUUUGAUAUUGAUGGGUUUUUGAGAACGACUAUUAAACAGACGCUGGGGUACAAUGCACAUCUGACGGAUGAUCCAAAGAAAGCGUGUGUUUUCCUUGUACUAGUAGGUGAGGCUCUUCCAGAGCAGGAAAUGAUCCGUAAUAAUCGUUACGGAGUAACUAAUCUGGAAAAUGGAAAGCAUGUUGCAGAGUCUAGCUUGAACGCGACGAAAUUGAAACAAUUAGCUUAUUGGGGAGGAGAUGGUCGGAAUCAUGUGUUGCUGAACUUUGCUCGUCGUGAUUUGAGUAUCGGGACCGGAAAUGUCUUCCGGAAUUCUGAUACGGGACGAGCGAUGUUGGUACAGUCCAGUUUCGAAGAAGGGCAGUUCCGGAAAGGUUUUGACCUGAUAGUGCCACCUAUUCUAGGUCCACCGGGUGGAGAUGUGUGGCAAGAAUGUAGCGCCAUGUUACCUGCCAGGAGAAAAUAUCUGUUGAGCUUCCAAGGAGAAAUGAACGUACAAAAUCAAUCGAACUUGAAUCAUGUGGAUGACGAAGCCGAAACUGUUGAUGAUUUUAUUUUAGAACAUUUGAAAGAGAUGUCCUCCGGGCAUACCCAAGAUAGGUUUUUAUUGCAAUUUGAAUGUAUUCCUGCAACGGAACAACGUAAUCCUUCUAGUGUUAGGGAUUGGUCUCUUUGUGGAACAGACAAUUCACGAAAGUCCGUAUUGAAAGAUGCGACAUUCACUCUGCUAUUGGCUCCCGGAGGAAACAGUAUUAGUUCAACGCUAUUCCUGGCACGGUUGUAUGAAGCUCUACGGGCCGGAGCGAUCCCAGUAAUUCUUGGUGGGGAUCAAAUGGAACUGCCUUAUGCUGAAACUAUUGAAUGGCGAAGGGCAACAGUAUCGCUCCCGAAGGCUAGAAUAACUGAACUACACUUUUUGCUUCGAGCUAUUUCUGAUGCAGACCUGCUCAGCAUGCGUCGACAAGGGCGACUAAUUUGGGAAAGAUAUUUGAGUUCAGUACAGGCUACAGUCGAUACCAUCAUAGCUAGCUUGAGGGACCGUCUUGGUAUUCCACCAAAGUCAGUUCCGCCGGUGGUUGCUCACAGUGUGUUCAAUUCAACUUUCAUUCCUCUCAAAUCCGACCCAGUGCUGGACACGGAAGCGGAAGAAUCUCUUGGACCGAUUGAACCACCUUAUCCAAGUCCUGCUUUCCGACGAAAUUACACCGCUCUUCUGAUACAAUCUCGUGAAGCCUGGAAUGAUUGGGCAGAUCCGUUCGCGUUGUAUCCGCAGCUUCCAUUCGAUCCUGUACUACCAUCCGAUGCGAAAUUUAUCGGAUCUCAUAUGGGUUUCCGUCCAAUUGGAAAAGGAGCAGGAGGCGCUGGAAAGGAAUUCGGUGAAGCACUUGGCGGAAAUCAUCCUCGGGAACAGUUUACCAUUGUAAUACUCACAUACGAGCGUGAACAAGUGUUGAUGGAUUCUCUCAGCCGGCUAUACGGUUUACCCUACUUACACAAAGUCAUCGUCGUAUGGAACUCCCCAAAACCACCCUUGGAAGACCUUCGGUGGCCGGAUAUCGGCGUACCGGUUCACGUAGUGCGGGCACCACGUAACUCAUUGAAUAACCGGUUCCUUCCUUACGAUGCAAUUGAAACGGAAGCGGUUCUUUCAGUUGAUGAUGACGCCCAUUUGAGGCACGAUGAGAUAUUGUUCGGUUUUCGCGUUUGGCGUGAGCACAGAGAUCGUGUCGUAGGAUUUCCUGGGCGUUUCCACGCGUGGGAUACCAACACGCCAAAUGCGUGGAACUAUAAUUCCAACUACAGUUGCGAGCUAAGCAUGGUGCUAACUGGAGCAGCGUUCAUUCACAAAUACUACACAUAUCUGUAUACGUACACACUGCCGCAAGCAAUACGGGACAAAGUUGACGAGUACAUGAACUGCGAAGAUAUCGCGAUGAACUUCCUGGUAUCGCAUGUGACGCGGAAACCACCAGUAAAGGUGACAUCGCGAUGGACAUUCCGCUGCCCUGGAUGUCCGGUUUCACUCAGUGAGGACGAUACUCACUUCCAGGAGCGGCACAAAUGUAUCAACUUCUUUACGAAGGUAUUUGGCUACACGCCGCUACUCAACACCCAGUACAGAGCCGACUCCAUCCUGUUUAAGACGCGAAUACCCCACGACAAGCAGAAAUGUUUUAAAUUUAUCUAAGAUAAGGACAAACUAUUAUCCCGCUCUUUUAAAUACACCAUCACAAACCAAGCGGCCAUUCGGAGGGUGGAGAUACACUAUCUCCUUAAUAACAUGCACGCGUUUACAUCAUACCAAAAACAAAUCUUAGAGCUAUGCACGGACAGAACUCCACUUAAACCAAAUCGCAGGAAAUAGAAAGUUUUUAAAUGGCAGUUUUUAAUCGAAAAAUUAUAAGUAGACGCUUGUACUCGUAUACUCUGUGUUGUAUUAAUUAAGUUCCGCUUAAAGGCAGCUUGUGACAUUUUACAAGACUUUUAAUUAAAAAUAUAGUUUAAUAAAAUUGUACAACCGUAAAAUACAUUUCAAUAUUCUCAUUUUAGCUCUUCUCUACUACGUCCAGUGCCACAUUAGGUUAACUUCAAGCCUAGGUUCUUGUUCUAAUCAGAAUAAUGUGUUAGGUUGUUUUAAAAAAUGUAGUCAUAAUAAUUAUCGCCUGUAUUAUUCGAAGACAACGCUUUGUACUAGCCGUUUAUGAAAAACGAUGUAAUAAAUCAAAUGUCAUUUG